AGGGUAAAGGCAGAGCUCCGCUUCAGCAGCCUAUUGGCACGUAUGAUGGCAUGAACCCGCCACAUGCCAUCGUGUAUUUCACCACCGAUAUGGGCCAUGAUAAGUUCCAAGGCUCGCAUUAUCUUCGCGUCGGCUUCUCCAAGGACGAGUUCCAAUGCUUCACGGAGAUGGUGGAGGUCGUGAGUGUAGUCAUUUCGCAAUGUAUCCGAGACACCGCUGACAGUAGCAGCUCGGCUGGGACAAGCAGUCCUUAGGUAUGAAGCAGACCGCGCCGCCAGACGGUCACCGUCGCGACUACUACAUCUGCUUCGAUGACCUUCGCGACACCAGUCACGCUCAAGACGCAGCGCAAUCAGCGCAGCUCGGCGGUCCGAUCAAUUUCAUAUCACAGCCUGAGUACGCUGCUGUCCCAGACGGCGCAGUUGCCCAAAACAAGUCUUCCUUCUUCGAUGGGCAAGUCAAGUUUCUCGUCUCGUUUACUGGAAAGACCCCUGACUACGAUGGCGAGAAGGCCUGCAAGGUCGUCAAGGGCGAAGCUGAGAAAUUUGGCGAGCUGCUUGCCUUCAAGCAGGAGGAAGUUGCCGCCUGGCCCAACCUUGAGUUCCGUGCCGAGUACUUCAAGGUCACAGACGCGCGCAAGGCGCUUAGGGAGGCUAGCAAGGACGGUCCGCUCAUCGUAGGCAAAUGGGUGAUUGUUGCCGAGGAGAUCCAGCUGCUCGAGCAUAAGAAGCCAACUGCCAAGGGCUUCAUCUUCGGUGAUCCCGCCAAGGUCAAGGCGUCGGAGUACACGGUCCUAGCAGUUCGCACGCCGCCCACGGAAGACCAAGCGGGUGAAUGGGUGAGCCCGACCGGUCGCACCACUGCCUACUACGACGAGAAUGGCGAGAUGGCGCCUGGCAAGCCUGCUGUCAUUGUCCCGAAGGUUGGCAAUGGCCAGGCUGUCCUCAUCUCGCCUGCAGGGGUCAACACUCCAGAGCGCGGGCAGCGUUGGUUCUCGGCCCCGUCCCCACACACGCCGAGCCCCUACGUCGCACUUGAGCCACGCAGCGAUUCUUGGGAUGGGCGUGUCGAAUACUACCAGCGUACUCCGCACUCCGACACUAUCAGCGGCCCGACAGCCGUGGACCUUGUGAAGAUUGAGAAGGGUUACGAUGUCCGCACUACGGUUAUGUUGCGCAACGUGCCGAACAAGAUGCAAGCUAGAGACCUCAAGCGCAUCAUGGAUACCGUGAGCUUCGGCAAGUACGACUUCUCGUACCUCCGCAUUGACUUCAGCAAGAACACCAACGUCGGCUAUGCGUUCGUCAACUUUGAGGACCCGGCGGACAUCAUCCCCUUCGUCCAGCACUGGCGCGGCAGACGUUGGAUUGAGAAUCACCCGCGCACUGCGGACAUGUCGUAUGCCACCAUCCAGGGCCUUGAUUGUCUCAUUGACAAAUUCCGCAACUCGUCCGUCAUCGUGGAGUCGCCCGAUCACCGUCCCAAGCUCUGGUUCACAGCGCGUACCGCGUCGGCGGAUAAGCCUGAGGAUAUUGGGACGGAGAUGGAGUUUCCCCCUGUCGACAACCCCUCCAAGAUGCAGCGUUCAAUGGAGAAUGCCCGUCAUGUCGGCCUUUACCAGCCGCAGUCUGGCCACGGCAGCCGCGAGCGCAGCCGUGGCUCUCAAUUCGAUCGUGGCACUCCGGCGCAGAUGCGCGAGGAGGCGUACAAUAACACGUCGCCGCUCCACCAGGGCUAUCAGUACAACAACUCCUACGCCCACAACGGCUUCCAGGAUCCAGCUUAUACCAUGGCCCCGCCGCAGUUCUUCCCGAAUGGCUAUCCCAUGGGCUACAACCAGAACAUGAUAGCACCAUACUACAAUGGCGUCAAUAUGCAAGCUCCUGCCUAUUAUCCAAACGGAUGGUCAAUGGAGCCAUUCGCUGCCGCCUACCAGCAGGGUCAGCAGCACGGCCACCAUAAUGGCUUCAAGGCCCCUCGCUUCGUGCAGGGUGCGAACCCCACGUUCGGCAUGGGGCCCGGCACUCCAGCCUCUCGUCGUCGCAACGUCAGCAACGGUAGGCUUGGCGGUCGUCCGAGGCUUACAAUUGCGGCCGCCGGAUCUGCUCAGGGUCCGACAGGCGGUCCUCAGCUCCAGAUUCUCACCGAGGAGGACAUCGAGGGCGGCUACAACAACACACCCGGUCCGCACUACUACCCCAAAUACAAGUGAGCAGCCUACAAGC